AUGUGGAUCUCUCUGUGUCUGAUCAGCUCUUUCCUUCAUAUCACUGCAGGCUGCACUCUGCUAGACACUAACAAUGGUGAGAUCACUGUCUACUCAGGCCAGUCGCUUCUCCUGCCCUGUUCAUGUACUGAACCCCACGCUAGACCUCACCGCAUCACAUGGACUAAAUUCAACGGCUGCACUCUGUCAGUCCCUGAACCGACGAAGGUCAAUGGAUCCCCAGGCCAGUCUGUUCUCCUGCCCUGCUCCUGUAGUGAAACCCAGGCUAAACCUCCCAGCUUCACAUGGACUAAACUCAGAGAUCGACAGACACCUGCGAUAAUAUCAACACAGAGUGAUCUCUACCGAGGCAGAGUGGAGAUGUUUAAUAACACCUCUCCUGGGAACCUCUCUGUCCUCCUCUCAGAACUCACUGAGGACGAUCAGGGGUGGUACAGGUGUGGAAUCAGUGAGACUCAAAUGAGAGACGUCGAAAUUGUUAUUCAAAGGAAACACCAACCCCUCACAACCACUACCACCAAACUCCCACCACUAACUCAACCAAAAGGACUAGACAUCACAACAUUCCUAGUACCAACAGCGCCACCUAAAGGUGCAGACACAGUGGGGACUUCAGGAGAAGCUCCAUCUGCUUCCCCUCUACAAAACAAUCCAAUCCAAUACAUUUUACUAGCUGUUCUACCAGUCAUACUGAUGAUCGCUGGAGUGGCUUUGUACAUAUACAAGAGAAACAAAGGAAAGAAUAACACAGGGGAGAAAAGUAGUGGGAGUAAAACAGGAGGAGAGAAAAAGUCUCCUAUGAUGAUUCCUCUGCUGUAUUCCACGGUGGCAGACAGAAACGCUGGUUUAGGCGACAUGACAACAGCACCAGAUGAUCCCUCUGUAUUGUAUGCUACGGUUCAAGAACACAGAAACACCAACCAAGAAGAGACAACAACACCACUCAGUGCUCCAGAGGAUCCCUCAGUGACAUACUCCACCAUCGUCCACAUGGCAGGAAAAGGGAAAGCAGCAGUGAGUCUGGAGAGCUGUGGAGAAACAGAGUACUCCAGUAUCAAGACAGGCAGAUUCUCCUAGAGCCUCUAUACAGUAGAUCUACAACCAUCUCACAGCCUUUUACUGCAGAGAGAUCUCAUAUUGGGCACAGUAUCAUGAGGUCUUAUCUGGCACACAGGAAUAUAAAUAUAUUUCACUGUUUCGUGGUUAUCUGUGCACAGGAAAUCAGAUGUUAACCGACAACCAACAUAACAAAGUACCAGAGAUACAGGCAAGAUUAUUGGUGAAGCAAUAAGAUACCAUGUUUGUUUUUGCGUAGCUGAGACAACCAAAGCACCUUAUAUGGCUUAAGGUUCAGCCAGUUCCCUUUUUAGAUCGUUGUUGUGCAUUUAUUUUUAAAUCUGUGAACUUUUUGAAAAGGAGACGGAUGAUGUCAGACAUGUUUGUGAAAAACGAAGAUGUGGUGUGAUGUGUCAAAGCAUAAAAACAGAUUUCAUAAUCAGUAUUGCAAGAGCUUGCUUGGGUGGCUAUUAAAAUGGAUAUCAUCCAUCUUAAUUUAUAUACUGCACUUCUUAUUUGUCUGCCUGGUAC